UCAGAAGAAGAACAGCAGGCGAGGGACAACCCGCCUCGCUGUGGACUGUGGAGGAGGACUGUCAGCCCUCUGAAGACCAGCCACCCUGAGAGACCAGGCCCACCCACGGCAACUGAGGGGACAAAGUAGUUCCGUGUGAUGCUGCGAAACAGGCUGAUCCUCCUCACAAUGCCGUCCAGUUGGACCUGGCCCUCCGUCGUCGUCCUCCUCCUCCUUGUCCAAUCAUCUGUGUCCUCUCUUUCUGCUGAUAACACCACAGAGGACCUUCAGGAGGUGACUCUGGCAGCCAUCUUGCCUCUCACUAACACAGACUAUGCGUGGGCAUGGCCUCGUGUGGCGCCAGCACUGCACCAGGCAGUGCGGCAGGUAAACUCAAACCCCUGGCUGCUGCCAGGCAUAAACAUUCAUGGCAGCUCCGAGAACCGCGCCGGCUUCUGUUCAGACUCUAUGGCACCACUGGUCGCCGUUGAUCUGAAACUGUCCCAGGACCCAUGGGCUUUCAUCGGGCCUGGCUGUGACUACUCCUCUUCUCCUGUUGCCCGUUUCACCACCCACUGGGAGGUUCCAAUGAUAACAGCUGGUGCUCGUGCCAUUGGAUUCAAGCACUAUGCGGCAGUCACUAACACAGGUCCAACACACAAGAAGCUGGGUGAGUUUGGUGUCAGGAUCCAGGAGACAUUUGGCUGGCGGCGCCACGCCAUGCUCAUCUUCAGCGACAACAAGGACGCCAAUGACGACCGUCCGUGCUACUUUGCUGUGGAGGGGCUCUUUGAACUGCUAGAAAACAACAACAUCACCAUCCGAGACUAUGUCAUCGAGGCCGAGAACAUCAACUACAAGUCGGUGGUCCAGGACAUCCGAGAGAACGGCCGAGUGGUGUACCUGUGCUGUUCCUGGGACAUUUUGAGGACUCUGAUGGUCCAGUUCUGGAAGGAGGGGGUAGAGUUGGAGGAGUAUGUCUUCUUCUUCAUUGAUCUGUUUGCUGAGGGUCUGAGGGGACAAGGUCCUGUCAGACCAUGGUACAGAGGAGACCACAAUGACUAUGCUGCCCGCCAUGCCUUCAGAAGUGUGAAGGUGUUGACCUACCUGGAGCCUCAGAAUCCAGAAUAUCUUCAGUUUGUUGAAGGUCUUAAGAGAGACGCAAAGAAAAUGUUCAACUUCACCAUUGAAGACUCUCUGUACAACCUGAUCGCUGGAGGUUUCCACGACGGGGUGAUGCUGUAUGCUCAGGCUCUGAAUGAGACUCUGAGUGAGCAGAGAGGACCGGGACUAGGACAUGUCCAGAGGCCUAGACAGGAUGUGGUGACCAGGAGGAUGUGGAAUAGAACCUUCCCAGGCGUGAUGGGUGUCGUGGACAUGGACGAGCUCGGGGACAGACAGACAGACUUUGCCAUGUGGGACAUGACGGACGUUGACUCUGGAGAGUUUCAGGUCGUGUGUGUGUACAACAGCAGUAUGAAACAGCUGGUUAUGCGGAGUGGGCAGAGCUUCCAGUGGCCAGGUGGAUCUCCACCUGCAGACAUCCCAGAGUGUGGAUUGAAGAACGACAAGCCAGCCUGCCUUGCACGUACGGUCUCGAUGCAUCAGAUGGUUGCCAUAGUGAUCUGCUUUGUAUUUGUCAUCAUCGUUACUGUGACCAUCUUCAUCUACAGGAAGUUGAAGCUGGAGAGCGAGCUAGCAGCUCAGCUGUGGAGGGUUUUCUGGGACGACGUCCAGGUGAGCAACCUGGAUAAAGUGCUGAAGAGAACCUGCAGCCGACUUACCAUGUCUCUGAAAGGAUCCAACUAUGGCUCCCUGAUGACCAUGGAGGGAGACUUCCAGAUCUACACUAAGACUGGAUACUACAAGGGAAACCUGGCAGCCAUCAAAUAUAUCAACAAGAAGCGUAUUGAGUUGACCAGGAAGGUUCUUUUUGAACUGAAGCAUAUGCGUGAUGUUCAGAAUGAGCACCUUACCCGCUUCAUUGGUGCCUGCAUCGACCCGCCCAACAUGUGCAUCAUCACAGAGUACUGUCCCAGAGGAAGUCUCCAGGACCUGAUGGAGAGUGACAGCAUCACUCUGGACUGGAUGUUCAGAUACUCUCUCAUCACUGACAUCGUCAAGGGCAUGGCGUUCCUCCACAACAGCGUCAUCGUCUCCCAUGGCAACCUGAAGUCCUCGAACUGUAUAGUGGACAGUCGCUUUGUCGUGAAGAUCACAGACUAUGGGUUGGAGAGUCUCCGGACCAGCAGCUGCCUCGAGGACACGCAUGCUUGCUACGCACGUAAACUGUGGAUAGCUCCAGAGCUGCUCAGGUGCAACUGCCCACCCCCCCAGGGGACUCAGAGAGGAGACGUUUACAGCUUCGGGAUCAUCCUUCAGGAAGUGGCUCUGCUCAGGGGGGUUUUCUACCUGGACAAUCACAGCUUCACUCCUGAAGAAAUUGUCCAGGCUGUGAUUCAGGGUGGUGCCUCCCCCCUUCGUCCCUCCCUCUGCUUCCACAGUCACAGUGAGGAGCUCGGAGUCCUGAUGCAGCGCUGCUGGAGCGAAGAGCCGAGCGCAAGGCCCGACUUCAACGCCAUCAAGAUCCUGCUACAGAAGCAGCACAGAGGCUAUGGGUCGAACAUCCUGGACAACCUCCUGUCUCGUAUGGAGCAGUAUGCCAACAACCUGGAGGAGCUGGUGGAGGAGAGGACACAGGCUUACCAUGAGGAAAAACGCAAGGCCGAGGCUCUGCUCUACCAGAUACUACCACAUUCAGUAGCGGAGCAGUUGAAACGAGGUGAGACGGUUCAGGCUGAAGCUUUCGACUCUGUCACCAUCUACUUUAGCGAUAUUGUUGGCUUCACUGCCUUGUCUGCCGAGAGCACCCCUCUACAGGUUGUGACCUUGUUGAACGACCUCUACACCUGUUUUGAUGCCAUCAUCGACAACUUUGAUGUUUACAAGGUGGAGACCAUUGGUGACGCCUACAUGGUGGUGUCGGGUCUGCCGGUCAGGAACGGUAAACUCCACGGCAGGGAGGUGGCCCGCAUGUCGCUCGCUCUGCUCGAUGCCGUCAAGAGCUUCCGGAUCCGUCACCGACCCAACCAGCAGCUGCGGCUCCGCAUCGGCAUACACAGUGGUCCGGUGUGUGCAGGUGUGGUCGGGCUGAAGAUGCCCAGGUACUGUCUGUUUGGAGACACAGUCAACACAGCAUCCCGCAUGGAGUCCAACGGAGAAGCGCUGAAGAUUCACGUGUCCGAAGCGACUUGCCAAGUUCUGCGGGACUUCAGCUGCUUCUCGCUGCAGCUCAGAGGAGAGAUUGAGGUGAAGGGGAAAGGACGCAUGAGGACGUACUGGCUACUGGGAGAGGACAGCACCACCAACUGAGAGAACGACAACUGAGGGGGGAGAGACGGAUCGAUAAUGAGGCAGAGGAGGAAGGAAAAAUAAAAAGGAAAACAACAUUUCAGGACUUGAUCAAUUGUAUUUCAGUGCAUUUGUGACAGACCGAAUGACACCUGACUGAGUGCAUUUACAUGAACAUGAGUAUCGCGCAGUGACGUCCGGUGAGGUUGACAGCUGGUGAGGCACUGACUCUUUUAGUCAGAUUUACAAAUACAAAUGAACCAUUAAC